GUCUGGGCUUCAGUAUAGCUGGUGGUGUGGGGAACCAACACGUUCCAGGAGACAACAGCAUCUACGUCACCAAGAUCAUCGAAGGUGGAGCAGCUCAUCGUGAUGGACGGCUUCAGAUCGGAGACAAGAUCCUGGCUGUGAACCACAUGUCUCUGGAGGACGUCCUACAUGAAGAUGCUGUGGCGGCCCUGAAGAACACAGGAGAGGUGGUCUACCUGAAGGUGGCCACGCCCAACUCGCACUACAUCCAUCAAGUAGACCGAUACAGUCCUCCUGACCUGACCAGCUCCUACAUGGAGCCGGACUACAUGUGUGAUUACCCACAAGCCCUCCCUCCUCCAUCUCCACGCCGGUACUCACCUGUACCCCGAGGCAUGAUGGGAGAGGAUGAGUACUCCAGAGAACCACGCAGAGUAUGUGUCCAGAGGGGGUCCACAGGUCUGGGCUUCAAUAUUGUUGGAGGAGAGGACGGAGAGGGGAUCUUCAUCUCCUUCAUCCUCGCAGGAGGUCCAGCAGACCUGAGCGGGGAGCUCCGCAAGGGAGACCAGAUCCUCAGCGUGAAGUACAGUCGAUUUGAAGCAAAGAUCCACGACCUGAGGGAGCAGAUGAUGAACAACUCAUCAGGAAGUCUGAGAGCCAACCGAACUUUCUACGUCAGAGCCCUCUUUGACUACGAUAAGCAGUGGGACUGUGGGGUCCUGUCUCAGGCUCUGGACUUUAACUUUGGGGAGGUCCUUCAUGUGAUUGACAGCGCUGAUGAUGAAUGGUGGCAGGCCAGACGUCUGAACCAGCAGGGGGAGCUGGAGGAGCUGGGCUACAUCCCGUCCAAACACAGAGUGGAGAGGAAGGAGUGGUCCAGGAUGAAGAGUAAAGGUCGAGAAGGUUUCAUUCACAGCUACGAGCUCGUCUCUCAGAUCGAAGUGGACUAUGCUCGUCCCGUCAUCAUCCUGGGACCAACCAAAGACCGAGUCAACGAUGACCUUCUGUCUGAGUAUCCAGAUAAAUUCGGCUCCUGUGUUCCUCAUACGACUCGACCCCGCAGGGACUAUGAGGUCGAUGGGCGGGACUACCACUUUGUUUCGUCACGGGAACAGAUGGAGCGAGAUAUCCAAUCACAUCGCUUCAUCGAGGCUGGACAGUACAACAACCACCUGUACGGGACGUCAGUGCAGAGCGUCAAACAGGUGGCUGAGCAGGGUAAACACUGCAUCCUGGAUGUUUCAGCCAACGCAGUGAGGAGGCUGCAGGCCGCCCAGCUUCAACCAAUUGCCAUCUUCAUCCGACCACGAUCCCUGGAGAACAUCCUGGAUCUGAACAAACGUCUGUCUGAGGAUCAGGCCAGGAAAGCUCUGGACCGAGCCAUAAAACUGGAGCAGGACUUCCUGGAGUGUUUUACAGCCAUUGUUCAGGGUGAAAGCUUCGAGGAGGUCUACCACCAGGUGAAGAUCGUCAUUGAGGAGCAGAGUGGUCCCUACAUCUGGGUUCCUGCUCGGGACAGACUCUGAUUGGCUGCUGGGAAGUGUUUCCAUGGCAACCARCAUCAGCACCUCCUCCUCUUCUGGAUGGUGGACCUGACACGGAUCAGAUGUUUUAUCUUUUUAUCACUUUUGUUUUUAKUACGAGUAUGAUYAGUGAGGUCCUGAGCUGCUCUAACCAUGGUAACGAAUCACAGUCCUGUAUGUCUSUACCUGUGCCAGAGAGAGACACCUGAUUGGUCGACUGAUUCAGGUGCUGACUGAAUAAUCCUGUAAAAUCAGUAAAUAACAAAUCAAAGAC